UAUGGGUGGUCCCGGGGAUCGAACCCACUACCCUAGCGUUACAAGCGCCGUGCUCUACCAGCUGAGCUACAGAGGUUCUGGUCAAUGCUAUGAACUGAAUGUUAAUACCAGAACAUCUGUUGGAAAAUAAAUAAUAUUAUUAAAGUCAUUGUAUUCUAUUCCACUCAAAACGAAGAUCUUAACCUAAACUGGUACGUACAGUAUGUCUGUUUGAGUGUGCUUGUAUGGGUGGUCUGUUUGUGUGUAAAUGUAUACCAAAUUCACAGCUCUGUUUGACAAUCAUACCUCUCAUGUUCACAAAUUGUUACAAUGUUACACAUUAAUGACCGUAUGGCCUGAUUCUCUGAUUGUUAUGGUACGUCACCACCACCUGGUGGCGAAAAACACGAAAUUCUCCACGAGGGGGUUAAACUAAUGACGUAUGUGAAGCCAAUAGCGGCAGCACCAACUACUGCGUCCCUAAUAAUAAACCAGACAGCAUCUUUUGAUCCACGAUCACUGGCCGAAUUUUGACGAGCGCCUCUAUACAAACUCAGUCUACUCCAGCGUCUUCCUGAGUGAACAGCUAUGGGCAAGGAGAAGCUUCACAUCAACAUCGUGGUGAUCGGCCAUGUGGACUCAGGCAAGUCGACCACCACAGGCCACCUCAUCUACAAGUGUGGGGGCAUCGAUAAGAGGACCAUCGAGAAGUUUGAGAAGGAGGCCGCUGAGAUGGGGAAGGGCUCGUUUAAAUAUGCCUGGGUGCUGGACAAGCUGAAGGCAGAGAGGGAGCGAGGCAUCACCAUCGAUAUCUCCCUGUGGAAGUUUGAGACCAGCAAGUACUACGUCACCAUCAUCGACGCCCCGGGACACAGGGACUUCAUCAAGAACAUGAUCACUGGCACCUCUCAGGCGGACUGUGCCGUGCUCAUCGUGGCGGCGGGCGUGGGCGAGUUCGAGGCGGGCAUCUCCAAGAAUGGGCAAACCCGCGAGCACGCCCUUCUGGCCUACACCCUAGGGGUCAAGCAACUGAUCGUAGGCGUCAACAAGAUGGACUCCACCGAGCCCAACUACAGCCAGAAACGCUAUGAGGAGAUUGUGAAGGAAGUCAGCACCUAUAUUAAGAAGAUUGGUUACAACCCAGAUACGGUGGCCUUCGUUCCCAUCUCUGGCUGGAAUGGGGACAAUAUGCUGGAGGCUAGCCCUAACAUGACAUGGUUCAAAGGGUGGAAGAUCACCCGUAAAGACGGCAAUGCCUCUGGAACCACCCUGCUGGAGGCCCUGGACGCCAUCCAGCCCCCCUCCCGCCCCACAGACAAACCCCUCCGCCUGCCACUACAGGACGUCUACAAGAUAGGAGGUAUUGGUACGGUCCCGGUGGGGCGGGUGGAGACGGGCAUGAUCAAGCCAGGCAUGGUGGUGACCUUUGCCCCCGUCAACGUGACCACAGAGGUCAAGUCAGUGGAGAUGCACCACGAGGCGCUGACCGAGGCCAUGCCCGGAGACAACGUGGGCUUUAACGUCAAGAACGUGUCGGUAAAAGACAUACGGCGAGGGAACGUGGCUGGAGACAGCAAGAACGACCCGCCGAUGGAGGCGGCCAACUUCACUGCACAGGUCAUCAUCCUGAACCACCCAGGUCAGAUCAGCGCCGGCUACGCCCCUGUGCUGGACUGCCACACGGCCCACAUCGCCUGUAAGUUCGCUGAGCUGAAGGAGAAGAUUGACCGGCGCUCGGGCAAGAAGCUGGAGGACAACCCCAAGGCCCUGAAGUCUGGCGACGCUGCCAUCGUUGACAUGGUCCCCGGGAAGCCCAUGUGUGUGGAGAGCUUCUCUGAGUACCCACCUCUUGGGCGCUUUGCGGUGCGUGACAUGCGUCAGACGGUGGCGGUGGGCGUGAUCAAGGCAGUGGAGAAGAAGGCUCCGUCCACGGGCAAGGUCACCAAGUCGGCCCAGAAGGCCCAGAAGGUCAAAUGAACGUUGUGUUGGGCUUGCAACGUUAGCGUCCGCCACCGUAAAACCAACAACCCCAUUACCCCCACACCUCUCCUACACACCAUAGUCAAAGUCUGGUCCAUGCUCACGAUGCAUCGCAAGAGCAGACGGAGGAAAAAAAAUCAUACGGUAUAUUCUUUAAGGAAGUGUUCUGUUUUAUAUAUGUUUUGGUCUGUUUGUUUGACUCUGUUUGUGGUUAGGAUACACUGAGUGGAAGACGAUUUAAAUAUCUCCUCUAGAUGUGUGCUAUUGUAGUCAGUUAAACCUCAAUAAUUGUAUUGAUAGUGUUGGUUUGCAUUAAACUAGCUGCUAGUUAAUGUUAUUAAAAUGUACAACAUUUUUUAAGUUGAUAAAUGUUGAAAUGGUGUUGUGUUCCAGCUUCCAAAGAUAUGUGUUCUAGCCUGUGUUCCUAUGGCUGCUUGCAUGUUCCCGAUACAUUUUCAAAAAGAUAUCAGAUGUUAACAUAUUAUAGCACCUUGCUUGGCUUAAAAGCUCCCUUGCACUGUUCAAACUUUAUCGAUACUGUGUCCUCUACACCUUAUUGUAUGCAACCUGUAAGCUUGAUCUAAAUCAAAGACAUUAAAAAGUCUUCAAACUUA